AUGUCGACCACACAAAGAAGCCACGCCGAUCGAACGGGCACACUCGACCCCAGGGACUACAAAAUUGCUUGGAUCGCCCCACUUGAAAUCGAAGCUAAGGCUGCUCUGUAUUUACUAGACGAACGACACCGCGGCCGGUUUCCCGUCGACCGUGGCGAUGACUACGUGUUUCAAGCAGGUGUCAUGGGCGGUCAUAAUGUCAUCAUCGCAACACUGCCGGCAGGCCAAGAAUAUGGCACGGGUUCUGCGGCUGCACUUGCAGGCCAGGUGAAGAAGUUUUUCCCCAACCUCUGGUUUGGCCUGCUCGUCGGCGUGGCAGCGGGGCUUCCUGACCUUUCUCGUAACCCAGCGCGCGAUAUUCGGCUGGGUGAUGUGCUUGUCGGUCUCCCCGUUGGCGAGAGCGCCGGGCUCAUCCCAUAUGACCUUGGCAAAGAAACGGAAGACGGCUUUCAACCGCUCCGACUUGGCCACAGCCUCGCCAUGACUGAACCAAUUGUACGAUCGGCUAUAGGUAGCAUCAAGCUCGAGGCACCGAACGACACCGAAAUCUUUUUGCCAUAUUACGAGAAGAUACGCGAUUGCGAACAUGCAACUGGUACAUUCGCUGACCCUGGGCAAGACGGCGACAUAUUGUUUCUAGUUUGCAAUGAUGAACAAGAGGAAGUCGCUGAACGUCCUCGACGAUCACCAGUUCGACGCACUCGAGUGUGGUAUGGCCCAAUUGGGUCAGGAGAUAAGCUGCUGAAGAACGCACAAAAACGAAAUGAACUGAGGGACAGAUAUGAUAUUAUCGGCCUGGAGAUGGAAGCGGCGGGAAUCACGAAUCGAAUACCAGUUGGCGUCAUCCGAGGGGUAUGCGACUACGGCGAUCGACAUAAGAACAAAAACUGGCAGCCAUAUGCGGCAGCAAUGGCGGCUUCGUAUGCAAGAGCAUUGCUGGAUGAGAUUCGCUCAAGUGACAGGACUGUAAACUCAAGUAGUCAGGUUUAUGAACCAUGUUAUUGUAUCCCGUUCGCCAGAAACGUACGUUUCACUGGUCGCACAACGAUCUUGAAUGCAAUAGAAGACAAGUUCUUGGGCGAGAACUCGAGCCAGAGGAUGGCGCUAGUCGGACUUGGUGGGGUCGGCAAGACUCAAAUUGCCCUGCGUUUUGCAUAUCAGAUCAAGGAGGAAAGACCAGACUAUUCGAUCUUCUGGGUGCCAGUUCUGAGUGAUGAAACUGCAGAAGGUGCUUAUAUGGACAUUGCAAAGAAGCUUGGGUUGCAGAAGAGUAGUGAAGACGACAAUGUGAAGGAUCUAGUCUACCAACACCUCAGCUCGGACAAAGCUGGCAAGUGGCUCCUUAUUGUGGACAAUGCCGAUGAUAAGGAGCUCAUCCUUGGAUCUGCCGAAAAGCCAGGGUUGGAAGGGUAUUUACCCCAAAGUGAAGACGGUAUCAUCUUGUUGACGACGCGGUCUGGGCAAGUCGCCGAGGAGUUCGCGCAAGCCGAUGUGAUCUAUAUUGAGCAAAUGGAUCAAAGAGAAGCGAAGACCCUUUUAGAGAAGUCUCUGGUCCAAAGACAGAUGCUUCGGGACAAAGUAGCGAUCGGUGAGCUACUCGCAUAUUUGACCUUUCUCCCGUUGGCAAUCACGCAGGCUGCCGCAUACCUCAAUCAGACCAGGGCGCCCAUACGGACAUAUUUGAGCCUCUUGAAAAACGCUGAGGACCAUGGCACGGGAGUUCUUGAGAGAGAGUUCAAAGACAGGACCCGAUAUACAGAUUCUCAAAACGCUAUAGGAACAACAUGGAUUGUAUCUUUCCACCAGAUCCAAAAGUCAAACAAGCUUGCCGUUGACGUGUUGUCAUUCAUGUCAUGUAUAGAGCCAAAGGCGAUUCCCCAAUCGAUAUUGCCCUAUGCAGAGGCUGAUGAGCUGGAAUGGGCCAUCGGUACACUUUGCAGUUACUCGUUUCUGGUUCGUAGGGAAGAGAGUAAUGUGUUUGACAUGCACAGCCUUGUAUACACGGCAACACGAGGCUGGCUUAAGCAGCAGGAACGGGAGAGGCAGGUAUGGAAUGAUGCAAUAUGCCACCUUGCAGCAAGGUUUCCCACAAAAGGCGAUGCUCACUACAACUUAAGAAGGGAAUAUCUGCCACAUGCGAUGCGGCUACUAAGCCGAAAUCAUGAGGACAAGACGGUGGAAACCUACCAGCUUUUCAAAAAAGCUGGAGACUCCUUUAACACAGAUAGACGGUUCAAAGAAGCGAUUAAGUAUUUUGAGGAGCUGUACUGGUGGAGGAAGGACCUCGAUCUUGAAACAGAUCAUGAUCGACUAGCAUUAGAACACAAACUUGCAACCGCAUACCUCGAAGACCGACGAAUCAAGGAGGCGAUUAAGAUGCUUGAGCAUGUGGUGGCAGUCCAGAAGAAGACACUAGAUGAGAAGGAUUAUUUUCGACUAGCAUCAGAACACCAACUUGCAACCGCAUACCUCGAAGACCAACGAAUCAAGGAGGCGAUUAAGAUACUUAAGCAUGUGGUGGCAGUCCAGAAGGAGACACUAGACGAGAAGGACCAUCUUCGACUAAACUCAGAGCAAGUACUUGCAACCGCAUACCUCGAAGACCAACGAAUUAAGGAGGCGAUUAAGAUGCUCGAGCAUGUGGUGGCAGUUAGGAAGGAGACACUAGAUGAGAAGGACCAUCUUCGACUAGCAUCAGAACAUGAACUUGCAAGAGCAUACCUCGGUAUCCGACGAAUCAAGGAGGCGAUUGAGAUGCUUGAGCAUGUGGUGGCAGUCCAGAAGGAGACACUAGAUGAGAAGGACUAUCUUCGACUAGUAUCAGAGCAUAUACUUGCAACCGCAUACCUCGAAGACCGACGAAUCAAGGAGGCGAUUAAGAUGCUCGAGCAUGUGGUGGCAGUCCAGAAGGAGACACUAGACGAGAAGGACCAUCUUCGACUAGCAUCAGAACAUGAACUUGCAAGAGCAUACCUCGGUAUCCGAUGA